CGGGAAUGCCAAAAUAUUAUGAAGAUAAACCUGAAAGUAAACGACCAUGUUCAGGGCUCAAAGAAGACUUGAAAACAUGUUUAUUGGAAAGUAAUUGUGUGCGUAAGGAUGGCAAAACGCCUAAAGAAUGCUUGCAACCAGGCAAUGAUGUCCAGCAGCCGUGUAGAGCUUUGCAGUAUUCUUUCUUUGAAUGUAAAAGAUCACUGCUUGAUACAAGAAAUCGAUUUCGUGGCCGAAAAGGGUACUAAAGAAUAGAUGAUACUAAACUAUAUUUUGGCUUGUUCUAAUAUCUACUAAGAUGAUGCCAAACUAUUUUUGACUUGUAUUGCUCCAUUCUAUAAUUUAGUUAACCUUGCAACCAACCCUAGUGCACACCAAUAAACGAUGGUAAAACAGUUGCUACUUUCCUUCUAUAAAUUGUUUAAUUAGCUUGAACUGCAAUUCAUUUAAGGAGUUUAUGAGUAAAAAAGUCUAAUUCAGCAA